ACAGAGCAUGAACAGGGGAGGGGCAGAGAGAGAGGGAGACACAGAAUCUGAAACGGGCUCCAGGCUCUGAGCCGUCAGCACAGAGCCCAACGUGGGGCUUGAACUCACGGACCGUGAGAUCAUGACCUGAGCCGAAGUCGGAUGCUUAACUGACUGAGCCACCCAGGCGCCCCUAUAUAGGCGCCCCUAUCUUUGCAUCCUGCCUUGGUAGGAUGAAGUGACAGAAACCAGAACAAACUUAGGCUUUGGGUUUCUGGUCCACGGGCUGGAAAGCUCUGAGGCUCCCUGAUUUCUCAGAUACCAUCGUGCUGGUAUGACGAUUGUUCUGGGUGAGCUCUGUUUCAUGUCAUCCUGUUCUUUGUAAGCAAGAGGAUUCACUGUCGGUGAAACUGGAAGGCCAUAUUAUUCCUUUGUAAGGACUUUGCAUAGACACUCACAAAUUAGAAGAAGAAGAAAAAAAAACCAACCCUUUGUGAAAUCCCAGGAUCUGGUCCCGCUGGGAGAACCUAGGGAAAGUGGUCACGGGAGGCACCCCAGAAAGGGAGGAAGCUGGCAGGAUUGGCUUUCAUGCUCUGCCAUCACUGUCUUGAAAUUCCUCACCGCUUUUAAACCAGGCACCCCCAUCUUUGUUUUGCACCAAAGUGGCCUGGCCCUGGAAGCCAGCGACAGGCUCAGAGGACCCACGCGACAAGCCUUGCAUGGAGGAGGAGAGCAGCGUGUGCGGCGUCCUGUCCGCCAGCGGCUGAGCUCUCCUGACCCAGCGGCUGCAUUGCCGACGAGCUAGCUUCCUCUCCCCUUGCUUUGUGCCAAGGGAAGAAAGACCAGCUUCAGUAAUUUUCUGAAUUAAGCAGUAGAGACCGUAAGCCUGCUCGUGCAGAGGGGGUUCAAAGCGAAGUUCGAAUUACCUCCAGUUAAGGACGUGUUUGAUGCUCACAACUUGAACGUAAUUGCUUUCAAGGACGGAGGCAGCACUUUUUCCUGCAGAGCCAGUGUGAGACCCCGCUUUUCUACGAGGGGGUUUCUUAAAGAAAUUGGGCUCCCGUCCUGGCUGAGGUUGAGGUCCCUGGGGACUUCUGAGCGGUUGGGGUUUUCAGGCCACGGGUCACCAGUGGAAGUGUCCCAAUGGGGCCACUUCCUCCUGAUCCCUGUGGGGAGGAAUUUCAUCCAGUGACCCUGCAGGUAGCUGAUUGAGUCUGAAAUAGCAGCCUCCCAACCCAGCAGGGACCAGAACAAGGAACAUUGCAGUAAUUUCUUUCCUCCUCCCCUCUGAACGAUUGUUAAUCAGGAGUCUUUUGGAAACAAAAAAUAAAAGGAAAGCAAGAAAAAGGAGACCUACUUUGGCAAACCCAGUGGAAAACUACUGCUCUGUCUACAGGUCCCCCAAACUACCACUCUGUCUACAGCAAAUGGGCGGUGGGCAGGCGGGGGGCCGCAGAUGUCUCAGAAGCUCAGACACAUCGGUGACCAGAGGGGUUGUUCGCACUUUGCGAGAACAGAAAGGCCGUUGGAUGAUCACAAUUGUAACCAUAAAUAAUUCUGUAUCUGUUGUCAUAGCUGCGGUCAUUUAUUGAGAGCGUCUACUAGGUAUCAGGUUUUAGGCCACACCAUGCACAUCUCCUAAUUCCUACAACAACUGUGUGGCCCGGCUCCAUUUUACAGAUGAGAAGUCUGAGGCUCUCAAGGUUUGACCUGGCCAAGAGCAUAUGGCUGGUAAGGGGUAGGGUCGUGUUUGAGCUGCGUGCGACUCCAGGACUUGGGCCGUGUCCCCUGCACUGCCCCGUGAUUGCAUGGUCCCCUCUGAAGCCACCACCCUAUGUUGUGAUGUGGGGAGCUGGAGCAUCAGUGAAGUUCUGGAAGGUCUAUGCCUAAGCCGUGGGUUCCCAAAGUGUAACUGGGAGGCAGGUGGUACACAGGCGAACAUUUUUUUUUAAGUGUAUUUCUUGUAUUUAAAGGAAAUACAUAUAACUGCUAUAUAAAACCUGUGGUUUUAGAGUGAACUAAAAGUUCACUCUCACAACACAAAUUAAGAAAAGAAACCGUGAGUCUUUUAAAUAAAAAUAGCAGUGUGGGUGAGAUGCUUGUUUGGCCCACUGGUUCCACUAUUCUGGAAACAUCUUGCCUAAGCAGUUGGAACAGCCCUGAAUGUUGGGGGGCGGGGGGUUGACACGGAACUGGUUACCCUGACAAGGAGACCUUGUUCUCAGUGGGAAAGAAGUCGUGAGCCAAGUUGUCAGCAUUUUGGGUUCCAUCAUCCACCGUGAUGGUGCUGUCCCCUCCUCUUUCAUAGUCACCGUCUUGUCACUUGUUGCCAAAACCCCAGACACUCUCGCUGACUUUCAGAAUUGUUCACAAGUCUUAGCAAAAAGCCCUUACCCCAGCGUGUGGGGUUUCUCAUCACCUCUGCCUACCGUGGGGUUGUCUUGUACCAGUCGGUAGCUGAUGGCACCUCACUAGCCUUCUGUCUCUAGAAUACACCAAGCCCAGUCUUACCUCAGGGCCUUUGCACUUGCUGUUCUUGCUGCCUCGGACUCCCUCCUGCCCCGGUAUUUGCUUGGCAGAUGCCUUCUUCUCAUUCUGGUCUUCAUUCUAACAUCUGUCUUCUCAGGGGGGCUUUCCUGUUCACCUACUAAAGUCUCCCUCUCCCCGCAUCUCUUUCUAUGCAAAUCUUUUUCUGUCAAAGACCAGAUAGUAAGUAUCUUAGGCUUGAGGACCAUAUGGUCUCUGUGGCAACUAGUCAACUCUGUCAUUGUUGUGCAAAAGCUUUCACAGGCAACAUGUAAAUAAAUGGGGGUAUUAUUUUGCUAACACUCUACUUACAAAAACAGAUGGCCAGCUGGAUUUGACCCACACAGGCUGUAGUUGGCUGAUCCCUGCUCUACUCUACUACCUUUUUAAGAAUUUUUGUCAUAACAUUUAUCACUAUCUGAAAUCAUCUUGUUUAUUUGUAUAUAAUUUUGUCUCUUUGUAUCUACAAUGUAAACCCAACGAAGGCAGGAAUGUACCCUUCCUUCCUGUUUAGUUGGUAUCCUUAGUGCCUCGCACACAGUGCGCACUCAGCAAAUGUUUGUUCAAUGGAUGGAUACUGUCACUAUGGGAUUCCUGUGUUCAUUUAUUCUCCAGACAUGUAUGGCUCACUUACUCUGCCCGUGGCCUCAUAUGGAACAUUGGAAACGGAGCUCACGGACAAAUACUUAGAUGCUCAUGGGAGCAGGUUAUGGUUCGACGUGAUGGGCCAGAUGGGAUGGAUAAGUGGCUCUCAAUAGUGGGGUAUUAACUCUUAGGUGGUCAGCGGUGGCUUCUUGGAGCAAGCAGUGUCUGAGCCAAGCGUGAAGGGGACAUUCAGGCUCUCUGGGUAGAGAGGCAGCCUGGAAGAGCGUUCAUGUACAGGGAACAGCCUGAGCAACGGCGUGGUGGCAGGCACCCGUGUGGCUGUGUGCCGCAGGAAGGAAAAGCCAUUCGGGGCUGCUGAGUAAAACCAGUCCAGACGUCACUGCAGGUCAGAUGAACAGCAACAGGUGUAAGUUGAGAGUCCGGUUGGAUGAGUUCUUGUGAACAAUUGACAAAGGUCUUUCUCUGAAAUAUGGAAUUGGGCCCUGCAUUUAAAUGUGGGCUUUGGUUUCUGUGAACUCAGAGGUUCUAUUGCUCCAGAAGCUUAAAAAUUCGUAGUCCAUGGAUCUGGCUUCUCAGUUGACCUGGCCCCAGUCAUCUAGAGUUGGCCGACAUUUGCAGGCGAGCUACCCGACAUCCUAUGUAAUUGGUAGGUCUUGGCUCUCAAAAUAUACAGGCGAUGCUCAUGAGCGGCCUUCCCUGGCUGUCACCCUGCCCUUGUGCGUACACCUAAAACCCAUCGGUUGUCAGCAGGGAGUUAAGCACACAGAGAAAGGGCAGCAGAUGGCAUGGAAGAGUGGGGAGUUGCAAGCCCCGAAUAAAAUUUUAUUGAGGUGGGCCAGCCCUGCUGUUGACGAGGUGCUUAAAGGGAAUUUGUGAUUUGCAAAGCCAAAGACUGUUCUUGCUCGUCACCCUGGAGACGGGAAGAAUGCCUGAGACUUCGGGGACUCUGCCUCCAACUUCUAAGCCUUGGCCAAGCCCUAAUGAGGCCAGAGCCAAGUUCAAGGGUAGAGGCUGAUGCUGUCACAAGCCUUGGGGCUGCUGUGACAGGCGAGCCACAGCAGAAGGAAGCAGACCUUCGUCAGCACCUAACAGGCCCUGGGGUGCUGAUGGGGUGCACACAUACUACGUGUGCACAUGGCGGAUUCUGUAACAUCCACGUUACACUCUUCCUGCCAAUAGUUACUUACUAUUCUUUAUGUUUUUAAAUGUUUAUUUUUAUUUUUAAGAGAGAGCAUGUGAGUGGGGGAGGUGCAGAGAGAGAGGUAGACAGAGGAUCGAUCCAAAGCAGACUUCAUAAUGACAGCAGAAAGCUCAAUGCGGGACUCGAGCUCACGAGCUGUGAGAUCAUGACCUGAGCCGAAGUCAGACACUCAACCGACUGAGCCACCCAGGCGCCCCAACAUUUUUCUUUAAAUGUGCUCACUAUUUACUCAGGCUCAGCCUUAAGCUCUGCUAUCCAUAAUGUCAUAGUAUGAAUGAAGCCCAUUUUCUUCUUAAAUAUAUCAAAGUAAAUAAGUAACUGUUAGGGGCGCCUGAGUGGCUCAGUUGGUUGAGCGUCCGGCUUUGGCUCAGGUCACGAUCUCGCAGUUCGUGAGUUUGAGCCCCGCGUCGGGCUCUGGGCUGACAGCUCAGAGCCUGGAGCCCACUUCGGAUUCUGUGCCUCCCUCUGUCUGCCCCUCCGCUGCUUGCACUCUGUCUCUCGCAUUGUUUCAAAAAUAAACAUUAAAAAAAAUAAAAAUAAAAAAAUAAAUCGUUAAAGUUUUUUCAGAAAGGUUUAUUCACGAACCACACGGGAGAACCUGUGUGCUGUUGUUUCUAGUGCCUUCGGCCUUAUCCUCUUCAGUACUUGUGGGUUUGCUAGAAGGUGUUGUUGCCUCUGUUUUGUAGGCAAGGAAACAGAGACCCAGAGAAAUUUAGCAUCUCACCCAAAGUCACGCAGCUAAGAACCAGCAGAGUGUGGAUUUUAACACAGAUCUUUCUGGCUCUAAAGUCCCAAGUGAUAUGCACCCACUUCUCAGAGGACAGAAAGGGAGAAUGAUGUCCAGACAUCCCCUGGAUUGGAUGGACAGAUUUAAAGGUUCUCGGGACAGGCAUAAAUGGACCCUCAUCCAAGUCCACCGAUCACCCUGGAGUCACAGGAUGGCUACUUUUCUCACCGGCCAAAAGAGAAAGUGCGAACAGACAGCAACAAUGAGAACUCCGUCCCCAAAGAUUUUGAGAAUGUGGACAACAGCAACUUUGCACCUAGGACUCAAAAGCAAAAGCACCAGCCUGAGCUGGCAAAGAAGGCCCCGAGUAGACAGAAGGAGCUCUUGAAGAGGAAGCUGGAGGAGGAGAAGGGGAAGGGGCAUCCGUUCCCGGGCAAGGGCACCAACGAGGUGCUGCCUCCUGGGGAGAAAGCCGCCGUGAACGGGAGCCGUGGGAAGGAUGUCCCAAGACAGCCCCACAGCAGGAAAAGCGGGGGCAGCUCCCCUGAGAUCAAGUAUGACCAGCCCCCCAAGUGUGACAUCUCGGGCAAGGAGGCCAUCUCUGCCCUGUCCCGUGCCAAGUCCAAGCACUGCCGCCAGGAGAUCGGGGAAACCUACUGCCGCCACAAGCUCGGGCUGCUGAUGCCCAAGAAGGUGACUCGGUUCUGCCCCCUGGAAGGCAAAGCCAACAAGAACGUUCAGUGGGACGAGGAUUCGGUGGAGUACAUGCUGGCCAACCCAGUCAGAAUCGCCUUCGUCCUGGUGGUCCACGGCCGGGCCUCUCGGCAGCUGCAGCGCAUGUUCAAGGCCAUUUACCACAAAGACCAUUUCUACUACAUCCACGUGGACAAGCGCUCUAAUUACCUACAUCGGCAAGUGCUCCAGUUUGCCAGACAGUAUGACAACGUUCGCGUCACCCCCUGGCGGAUGGCCACCAUCUGGGGAGGAGCCAGCCUCCUGUCCACGUACCUGCAGGGCAUGCGUGACCUCCUGGAGAUGACCGACUGGCCCUGGGACUUCUUCAUCAACCUCAGCGCAGCCGACUACCCCAUCAGGACGAAUGACCAGCUGGUGGCAUUUCUCUCCCGAUACCGAGAUAUGAAUUUCCUGAAGUCACACGGCCGGGACAAUGCAAGGUUCAUCCGAAAACAGGGUCUGGACCGACUCUUCCUGGAGUGUGACGCCCACAUGUGGCGCCUAGGGGACCGGCGAAUCCCAGAGGGCAUUGCUGUGGAUGGAGGCUCGGAUUGGUUCUUGCUGAACCGGAAGUUUGUGGAGUAUGUGACGUUCUCCACAGAUGAUCUGGUGACCAAAAUGAAGCAAUUUUACUCCUAUACCCUGCUUCCUGCUGAGUCCUUCUUCCACACCGUCCUGGAGAACAGCCCCCACUGCGACACCAUGGUGGACAACAACCUGCGCAUCACCAACUGGAACCGCAAGCUGGGCUGUAAGUGCCAGUACAAGCACAUCGUGGACUGGUGCGGCUGCUCCCCCAACGACUUCAAGCCGCAGGAUUUCCACCGCUUCCAGCAGACAGCCAGGCCCACCUUCUUUGCCCGAAAAUUCGAAGCCGUGGUGAAUCAGGAAGUCAUCGGGCAGCUGGACUAUUACCUGUACGGGAACUACCCCGCGGGCACCCCGGGCCUCCGCUCCUACUGGGAGAACGUGUACGAUGAGCCAGAUGGCACCCACAGCCUGAGCGACGUGGCACUCACCUUGUAUCACUCCUUUGCCCGCCUGGGCCUCCGACGGGCUGAGUCGUCGCUGCACGUGGAGGGGGAGAACAGCUGCCGGUACUACCCGAUGGGCCACCCAGCAUCCGUCCACCUCUACUUCCUUGCGGACCGCUUCCAGGGCUUUCUGAUCAAGCAUCACGCUACCAAUCUGGCCGUGAGCAAACUUGAGACCCUGGAGACAUGGGUGAUGCCAAAGAAAGUCUUCAAGAUUGCAAGUCCCCCCAGUGACUUCGGGAGGCUCCAAUUUUCUGAGGUCGGCACCGACUGGGAUGCCAAGGAGCGGCUCUUCCGCAACUUUGGGGGGCUCCUGGGGCCCAUGGAUGAGCCGGUAGGCAUGCAGAAAUGGGGGAAGGGCCCCAAUGUCACCGUGACUGUCAUCUGGGUGGAUCCCGUCAACAUCAUCGCAGCCACCUAUGACAUACUGAUUGAAUCCACUGCCGAAUUCACUCACUACAAGCCCCCUUUGAACUUGCCCCUGAGGCCUGGGGUCUGGACAGUGAAAAUUCUUCACCACUGGGUGCCAGUUGCAGAGACCAAAUUCCUCGUUGCACCUCUGACCUUCUCAAAUAGGCAGCCCAUCAAACCAGAGGAGGCACUGAGGCUGCACAACGGGCCGCUCCGCAGCGCCUACAUGGAACAGAGCUUCCAGAGCCUGAACCCCGUCCUCAGCCUACCCAUCAGCCCUGCCCAGGUGGAGCAGGCUCGCAGGAACGCGGCCACGGCUGGCGCGGGCCUCGAGCGCUGGCUGGACUCGCUGGUAGGUGGGAUGUGGGCCGCCAUGGACAUCUGCACCACGGGCCCCACUGCCUGCCCCAUCAUGCAGACCUGCAGCCAGACGGCCUGGAGCUCCUUCAGCCCCGACCCCAAGUCGGAGCUGGGGGCCGUCAAACCUGAUGGCCGGCUCAGGUAGCACUGGGCACACGUGAGCCACAGCAGAUCUCAAAGGGAAAGCAGCCAGGGGGGCCGGUGGCACCUGGACCCUGGCCUCCCACCCCCGGGGCGGGGGGGGGGAGGGGUGUCUUUUGUGAGAGGAGUUCUCAUGGCUACAGAAUGAUGGAGAAGGAAGGUGUAGAGGUCAAAGCCGUUUCUGCCGACGACCUGCAUUUGACAAGCUGGGUACUGGGGGCAAGGACUGCUUGGUCCCCGCACCACAGUGGUCUUACCUCUUUUGGUUGAUCCUCAAAGCCUAUAGGUUCCUUGUUGUCCCUGCCAGUGACCCAGUCCCCCAGACAAGUGAUUCUCAAAACUUUUAUUUUGAGCAGCAGACUUUAGUUUACUAAGCUCAGUUGGAAGGGGGAAGUUCAAGGUGCAAUUGAACUCCAGGCUGCUCUGGUUGAAGCUGGGGAGUGUAAGGUUCUUCUCCAAGCACAGCCCACCAGGCCGUCCCUUUGUCAGUGGCACCUCCCAAGGUACCUGUCCAGAACCCACAGGAUCUGCAAAAGCCAGCUGGAAAAGCACAGCCCAGACCGUGGGCUUGAUUGAUCUCCAGCCCCCUGCUUGGGCUCAUUUUCCUGCUCCUGGGCUGGAGGAGACUGUCUGAGCCUUCCCCCAGCCUUGUCGGGUUGAGUUGUCCUCCUUAGUCGCUAGAUGAGCAGGAGAGCCUUUUGAUGGAACAUGGCCAAGGUUCCCCAAGGUGUCACUGCCCCAGGGCCGGGGUUCCAGGCCAGCCUCCCUCCAGACUGCCACCGACAGGCUGAUGCUCAUAAGCAUCAAGUCUCCUAGGCAUUCGUGGGCCAGGAGACCAUGACCUCAUGGAUCCUGGCCAGUGGGAACUUUGGGGACCACGGCCAUGAAACUCAGAGAUUGUUGGGCGCCAACUCCUGAGCUGGACGGCACAGCAAUACCCUCCCGUGCGUGAGCCCUUCCGCCCUGAGGUCCGGGCACUCCAGACCUCUGUGAAUCAUACCUGCCACCCCCAUCCCUGGUGCUGUAGGAAUGGACCAGACUUUCUACAUCCCUGCAAAAGCAUUUCAGAUUUGGUUUCUAACUCCAUGUCCUUCCUCCUGUGAGGUGCCACGUCAAAGGGGGAAGCUUGCGGAUGUGAUUGGUUACUACCUUAACAGCAGUGUUACUCCAAGUGCUCGAGGUGCAGAAACCUGACAUCUGAGCCGUGGCUCCAGGCCCCUUCCUCCUCCAGCCCCCACCCCGUCCCCACGACAGGCUUUCUUUGGCACAGGCCCACCCGUGGCUGCACCAUGUUCUGCGGCAGAGUCUAUCCUGUGUCUCUGUGCAGUGUGCGUGUGAAGGGAGCAGAGCCCAUGCCUCUCACCCCCAAGCCCCUGCCCCACCGGGCCGGAUGUCCUGUGGGCCAGGGAGGGGCUGGAAGAGGGACACUUGCAGUAUUUAUUAUUUAUAUGUUUUAGUCCAUGACUAAUAGUAGGUGCUGCGUUUGCAGCUUGUUAGUUAUGUUCUCUUACUAACUGAAGCUGCCUUUAUUCAUGAAAGGCCCCCCCUUCCCCUCCCUCCCCGUGGCCAGUGUCUGUCUGUCUCCUGUCUGCUCUGUAUUCUCCACGUCCUGAGAGAAAGGCAGGGGUGUUGGACACUAUGAGGAGAGUGUGUGCCUCAGCAUCUGCUAACUGAUAGUGGGGUGCCCCUCACGACAAUGAGGCCUUCCUCCUUCUCGG